AUGCCACGUUCCUUUUUGGUGAAGCAGCCGAAGGUUCACGAUUUCUCGUCUUCCAACUACUACCAUCAGCACCAGCAGCACUGGGACAACCCGCACACCGUCACACAUGCCAUCACAGAGUCGGCCACCAACUUGGCGGUGCGUUUGAGUGAAAAUGGCUACAUCCACGAUUACGUCAUCCCCUCAGUGUUGCAGAGCACCAAGGAGCCAGGUCAUGAGGAGACCGGACUCUCCUCGGUGCCCCUGUACUCCCCAGGUGGCAGCAGCGGGGAGGAGUUCUCCGACCACGACAUGGAGCAUCCGGACAGCCCUGUCUCCAGUGGUACGGUCGAGUCGGACGUCAGCGGCCCUGAGCUGGAGGAUUGCAGUAUCAGCGCCUUCCUCGUCUCCGAUGGACGCUCCCGCCGGAGGCCCAGCCAAAGACGUCCCCGCACAGGAGGCAGCCAAUCAGACAGCAGCGAGGGCGUCAGCUCAGUGGACUGCAGCCCCGCCAAAAGGAAGUCCAAAGGGCGCCACGCGUGCGGCGAGUGUGGCAAGUCCUACGCCACGUCCUCCAAUCUGAGCAGACACAAGCAGACUCACCGCAGCCUGGACAGCCAGCAGGCCAGGAAGUGUCCCACCUGCCACAAGGUGUACGUGUCCAUGCCGGCGCUGGCCAUGCACAUGCUGACCCACGACCUGAAGCACGAGUGCACGGUGUGUGGAAAAGCCUUCAGUCGGCCAUGGCUCCUGCAGGGCCACAUGAGGUCCCACACUGGGGAGAAACCGUUCGCCUGCGCCCACUGUGGCAAGGCCUUCGCCGACCGCUCCAACCUGCGCGCCCACAUGCAGACGCACUCGGCCUUCAAGCACUACUCCUGCAAACGCUGUCUCAAGAGCUUUGCGCUCAAGUCCUACCUGAACAAGCACUACGAGUCGGCCUGCUUCAAGGGGUCCCCGGAGGACGACUGCAGCUCUGAGGACUGA